AUACCCAACAGAUGGAGCGAAGUGUGUUAAUCUAAGCAAACUAGCGAAAACAUGGCUGCUUCCAACUCCAGUAUCCACUGUUUUCAGUAAACAAGCCGCAUUAUUCUUCGAGUUUCGAAGCAAUUACGCCAUCCCUGAUUGACUCGUUGACCUGUACCUCUGACAAAUUUUUCUUUCUUUCCCUGCUGUUAUUUUAAGAUUUCGAAAUGUGCGAUCUUACUGAGGUUGCGUAUUUGCCUGGGGAAAUCGUGUGGGUCAAAUUAGGCAACUGCUGGUGGCCUGGCGAGGUCAAGGACACCGAAUCAUUGCCUGAUGACAUGGUGCGCGAUUUCAAGAAGAAGCCCUUGGCCAUUGUCAAGUUCUUUGGAGAGGACUCUUAUGAAUAUGUUAAGAAUCUUGAUCAUAUUUACCACUACAACAGUAGACGGAAAAUGGAGUUCAUCAAGAAAGGAAUGGAUCUUUAUCGGGCGAAAACCAAGCAAGGUAUGAGUUUGAUGACCAAAUUUCCUACAGAUGUGGUCACUGCUGAGUCUCUUUCUGGUGGCAAUGUUAACAUCCUCAAGUCACCAGCAUUCAUGCCUGAAGAAAAAGUCAACUACAAAGAGCUGUUUGAGUCUCCAAAAAAGAAGGCAAAGAAAAGCGUAGAGAAGCAAGGUACCUUGAAGUUGGCUGAAAAGGCUACCACCUCUCCCAGGACGUCAGCGGCUAUGGCCAAAGCCAACCACAUAAUCCAGAUUAAACAGCGCAUAACCCAUCCCAGAUUUGUCAAGGAGUCUGACCACGAAAUCAGAAUCCGACAGCAACCUGUGGCGAGUAACGACGCUGGAGAGUUUCAACACGCCUACAAAUGCCAGGAGUGCAUUUUUGGCACCAACAGACAGAACCUGUUUAUCCUUCACUGCAAGUCGCACCGGGACCAGGAGAAAUUGGGAGUGAAGCCGAGCACGAGCGCCAGCACAAAAUCUAGCUCCAAGAGCUCGGCUCCGAAAGUUAGAAGGUCAGCCACGCCCAAAGCCUCUUCAACCCCUAAGAACGCUCCUGCAGCAACCAAAGCAGCCUCUACCGACAAACCCGCAUCCAAGAAGACGGAGAAAAAGGAAAAGAUCAAUCCGUCAAAGGAGUCUGCGGUGUUAGUAAGAAAAAUUUUCCAGACUCCGAAAAAAGGCAAGAGAGGAGCCCUGAAAAAAUUCCCACCAAAGACAGAAGAAGAGAUUGCAAAGGAAAGGGAAAAGAGGAAUAAAAUACUUGCUGACUGGGACGAGGAUGAGCAGGAGGAAGAAAUCGAGAUUAAAAAACUGAAACUGGACACAUCUGGCAAUGAAACUGCUGCUGAAGAACCUACAGAGAUGGAGCAGGAUGAAAAGGAAGUCCAAGAGGAGAAGGAGGAGGAAGAAGAAGAGAAAAAUGAGGAGGAGGUGGAGACAAAAGAAGAGGCAGCGCCAAUUGUGGAAGAGGAGGAAAAGAAGUCUGACGCUGAGCCAAAGCAACCAGAGAAGAAGGAAGAGCCCACAGCGAAUAAUGCUGCUUCUGUGUACGACAUUAUUGAAGAGCCUGAAGCAAUCGCUCCGCCUCCUUCACGGGAAAACAAAGAAGAUCUUGCCAAGGAGAAAGAAAAGUUGAGCAAGGACAUAGAUGACCUGUUGAAGGAAACGGCUGUUCCUUCAUUGCCAGAGCUGCCUAGCCUUCCAAACAUUCCGAUGAAAAAGUCUGAAACUGAGAGCGUCAAGGAACAGAAGGAGCUGGAGGAGGAGGAGGAGGAGGAGAAAGAAACCGCUCAGAGCAGCCCCGCAGAGGCGAAGGCAGCAGAGCUUGCAAAAACAAAUGGUGCAACCACCGCGACAACCGAAGAGGCUGUCACCAUCUCCCCGUCAGAAGAGUCGGCAGACGCCAACACAGAGACGGCAACUUAUGUGCUGGUAACAGUCGACGAGGGUGGAUUCCAUCAGUUGAGUGGGCUCGACGGCAUGGCCACCACGCUCUACAUAGAUCCCUCGCAGCUGGCAGGCGGGGGAACUUCCCUAGACAACUUGUACCUGGCCAUUGAUGACGGGAGCAUCGCACAGCUUGACCAACAACAGUUGAUUGCGUUACAACAGGUCGCUCUGCAAGUUGGGGCUGAAAUGGCCAAAACUACGCAGCAGGACAUCCUGGCUGCUGCGCUGGCCAACACGCAAGUCCUGCAAACAACGGCAGUAGAGGCGACAACGCAAGAGGCAGUUGUGAAGGUGACCAACACGACCCAAGCGCCGGUCAUGACCCCACGAGUGACUGAAAGCACGACGAGUGCAGUGGCGCAAAGCAACGGUGCAGCAGGAAACUCAGCAAGCUAAGAACCACCGCUGGGCCGCAGGAUCAUCCUGAUCGGUAGUGACUUUUACACUCCUCAAAAAUAUUGAUGAACCUUCGCAAGGAAUAAAAUUUGUUGUUCGGGAUAUUUCAAGUUGCACGGAUGCUGAGUGAAUUUGAGGUUGAUUUUUCUGUCGGUAAAUGCACUUUGCAUAGCCAACCCGCGUAAAUUAUCAAGUAAAUCCAGUUUUCUGUUACACAUCAUUAUUAUGAUUGUAAAAUGCAAACUUUUUAGUAAUCGUAAACUACACAAUAUAUUUUGGACUUGGCAAGCCAGAUUGAAUUGUUUUACUACGUUUUUUGCAAUAACAAGUCAGUACGUUCUGUUGCAAAAUUUUAUCGUGUUUUCUGGUCUGCCAUGUCUGUUAGCGAGUGAAUAAAUUUUUUGCUUAGCAUUAUGAUAUUGUAUUCUGAGUGCUGAUUUUGUUAACUACACUAUUUUGUUCUUGGAGCUCAUGACAAUAUUUUUCUUUAUAUAUCUGCACAAAUUUGCUAAGGUAGGAGUUUUUUUGCAAUUUACAUCUCUCGCUGCCGACUGAAAUCUUGGCUGCCUUUUCAUUUCCUUUCUGUCAAAAUACCGCUUUUUUGUAGGCAAGACUUCUGCCUCUUUGUCAGCCGAAAUAGACUUUCAUUCAAUAAUAAUGUGAUAAAGGACACUGUUUCAGCAACGUAAAAAUUUCCUCAAUUGACGAUAGUUUUAUCAUUACUCUAGUCUUUCUGAUUUGAUUGCUUCUGAUACAAACAAAAACUUUAACUAUUUAACUAUUCAAGGUCAUAACCGAAGUAAUAUUUUGCACUCAUUGUGCAUGAAAGCCCCUUUUCCUGCUUCACCCUGCCUUGGUAGUAAAAUGAGAGUGAUACCUCUCUUGUAUGUUAUCUUUGGUAUUGGAACCCCUGUCUGAAACGGAACUUCUGAUAUUUUCGAAAACAAA